CCUCCGAGGAGGAUUCGAGCGUGUGUGACCCUCAGUUUGACCGAAUGUUUGAGGUUAUUGAGUGAGAAACUGGUUGCAGGAUUGUGUAUGGAUGAGUUUGAGAGGGAGCUAUGGGAGACCAGCAUUGAGGUAGUAACAUUUGAGAAGCACUUCCCUUGUCGAAAGUGCUGCUGAUAACGGUGCCAUCUUCCUGGAGCAUCAGUUUUCCUUGACGAUUUGAAGGGCGGGGAGGAGCCAAGUGCCAGCUGUUUCAUAUCUGGAAAUUAAUCCUACAAAUGUAUCUGCAUUUGCAUUGAAUUAUACAGGAAGAAACAGGCUUUGGAGUCAGACGGCCUCUGUUAACUCCUUCCUCUGCCACUUUGUACCUUGGUAACCUUAGGUCAUCCCUGGAAAUUGCACGUUAUCCUCCAGAAGGCCCUGAGAGCCCAGGUCUCAGCCUGAGUUCUAGGCUGGCAUUUUGGUCCCAGCAUUAACAUUCUAGUGGUGUGUCAUUUCUCCAACAGCAGGUUAUAAAUUAACCAAGCUAUACAUGAUUUUCUGUUGGAACAGAAAGGCAAAUUGGAUGGUGGAGAAAGAAGUGGAAAGGAAAUUUGUCCAGAAGAAGCCUGAGAAGAUGAUGAGCAGAUAGAGGGGCAACAAGACUUGGAAAUCAAGUUGCAUCCAUCUUCAAUAAAGUACAGACUGAGGAAAAAAACAGUGAAUGUAAGAAAAUUGGAAAAAUACUUCCUCUGAUCUCAGACCUUUUAUCUUUUAAGGCAACAUUCUUUUCAACUCACCAAGAAAAAAUUUGAAACACAAUUAAGACUUAAUCUUGAGGGACAUUGUGUAGGAACAAAUCAUCAAUUUUAUUGAUUUAAAGAUUUUGCCACGCUUUCUCCUUAUGGUAAUAACCCUCUUUAAAUGUAAAUCAGUGUGGAAAUGCCUUCAGUUAAAAUAGUUUGAACCCUAUCAGGUACCAGAACAUUCAUACUGGAUUCAUACCCUAUGAAGUAACUGAAUGUGGGAAAACUUUCACUUGUGUCACACCUUAUGAAAUGAAUGAAGUCAGGCUGGAGAAAAGCCCUGUGCUUCUAAGGCAUAUUGAAAAGCCUUUAGCUAGAUGACAUUUCAUUGAGCAGAAAAAAAUUCAUACUGAAGAGAAACCACUGAAUAUAACAAUUCACUGAGUAUUAGAAUAUUUAUACUUUGAUAGAAAGCUUUGAACUCAGUAACAUAAAGUUUUAUCUUAAAUCUAUCCCUUACUUUACAUUUGAAAGGUCAUACACAGAGAAGCUCUACUAAUGUAAGAAAUGUGGAAAUACCUUCAGCCAAAAGUAAAUCCUCAUUCAUCAAAAAAUUCAUACUGGAGAGAGAAUUUGUGAAUGUUGGAAAGCUUCCUUUCAGAUGUCACACCACAGUCAGCAGAGAAUUUGUAGUGGGGAAAACCCCUUUGCUUGUAAGGUAUGUGGGAAAGUCUUCAGCCACAAAUCAAAUCUCACUGAGCAUGAGCAUUUUCAUAAUAAAGAGAAACCUUUUGAAUGUAAUGAAUGUGGAAAAGCCUUCAGCCAAAAGCAGUAUGUCAUUAAACAUCAGAACACCCAUACUGGAGAGAAGCUUUUUGAAUGUAAUGAAUGUGGAAAAUCGUUCAGCCAGAAGGAAAACCUUCUUACCCAUCAGAAAAUUCACACGGGAGAGAAGCCUUUUGAGUGUAAAGAUUGUGGGAAAGCUUUCAUUCAGAAGUCAAACCUCAUCAGACACCAGAGAACUCACACAGGAGAGAAGCCCUUUGUAUGUAAGGAGUGUGGCAAAACCUUCAGUGGCAAAUCAAACCUUACUGAGCAUGAGAAGAUUCAUAUUGGAGAGAAACCCUUUAAAUGCAGUGAAUGUGGAACAGCUUUUGGCCAAAAGAAGUACCUCAUAAAACAUCAAAACAUUCACACUGGAGAAAAACCCUAUGAAUGUAAUGAAUGUGGAAAAGCCUUCUCUCAACGAACAUCACUUAUUGUACAUGUGAGAAUUCAUUCAGGUGAUAAGCCUUAUGAAUGCAAUGUAUGUGGGAAAGCUUUCUCUCAAAGUUCAUCUCUUACCGUGCAUGCGAGAAGCCAUACAGGUGAGAAGCCCUAUGGAUGUAAUGAAUGUGGGAAAGCUUUCUCUCAAUUCUCAACCCUUGCUCUGCAUUUGAGAAUUCACACAGGUAAGAAACCUUACCAAUGUAGUGAAUGUGGGAAAGCUUUCAGCCAGAAGUCACACCAUAUUAGACACCAGAAAAUUCAUACUCAUUAAAAACUCUAAAUAUCUUGAAAAUUGGAAAGCAAUUCGAUGGAGUUUACACCUAUGGCAAGCACAUCAGAAGUAAUCGUUCUGAAGGAAAGGGUCAGAAAUGAGGGAAGCAAAAGCUAAAAACUUAUGGGAUACCAGAGAAUUCAUACUGAAGAGAAAGACACAAAAAUCCUAUGCCCAACAAAAAACCCACAGUAAAAGUAAUGCUGAAACUUCAGACACAUUUCCACUAAAAUUGGGAAUGGGAAACAUGCUUAUCAUUACUGUCUAUCUGCCUAGAUCUGGAGAUCUUCACCAUUGUAAUAAGAACAGUAAGUUGUAUGUGUUAGAAAGGCAAAUACUUUUAUGGUAUUGUUUUAGCAGAACAGAAGAGAUUUUGGAAUACCUAUACAUUUAUUAGAAUUUAGAAUUGGAGAAGAAAAUGGGACUGUUUAAAAAAUGAUUUGGAGGUGAUUUGUUCUCCAAGGAAAAAAGAUCAUGAACUAUGCAUAAAGGUAAAAUCCAUGGGGAUUAAAAACAGGAAUAUGGCCCAGCAGAUGUUGCUCAGUGGUUGAGCCUCAACCCAUGAACCAAGAGGUCAAUGAUUCCAUUCCCACUCAGGGCACAUGCC